GAGGAGCUCAUGCUGCGUGUGCAGGGUUUUCUUGUUGAGUCUACUCUGCCUCCUAUCAGGCGUAACCAACUCCCAUCAAACCCGAACCGGCUCAUUGAUCUCAGGCAAACUGUAACUGUGAGCGGCCUGGGCGUGGAGCCCUUUGACGGUGCAGUCAGUGCAGUCAUGACCAUCUAUCAGCAUUUUUGUGCGCACCUUGUCGGACACAAUUUGCGCACCUGGAGCACAUCACAUCUGGAGAACCACCUUACGCUUUCCUUUGGGAAUCGGUACCUCACUGCUUCAAAGUUUGCUGAAGGCGAACCACGGGGUGAUCUCAGCAAUGUCGUGGACCCCUUCUAUAUUCUGCAGCCCCGUCUCACCAGUCAGGUCCAUCUGCAAGAGAAUGUGGUUGAGUACUGGGAGCAAACAGUGACAGAGAACCAGGGCAGGUUGAUCAGUUCCUUCCGCCGCAUCAAGCCGGAUGUAAUCUUCCCCGGCACCAUGGUUGAACUCCAGAUUGCCUUUGUGGCUGUCAAGGUUGGGUGUCAUGAAUAUAUAUUCCUGCCGAAGCUGUGGGCGAUUUGUGUCCUUAGUCAUGCAGUGCAAUUGGUAAUUAAGGUGUCUCUGUUUAACCUUCACCAUGCUCAUUACAUGCAGGACUAUAACUCAUUGGCCUUGAGAGAUCUAAGCCUAUGUGCUGUCUCGCCACUCAAGAAGGUCAAGCGCAAGGUGGGGUAUGGAGAGCAGGAAGAG